AUGGCUGAACGCGCGGGAAAUGGACAGAUCUACCCCCAGGACGCCAAUCUGAUCGUCUCUUUCCUCGACCUGAACCUGCCGGUUCCCGGCGAGGACCUGGAAUUCGACGCCGGCCCGCCGGUGGAGAUCUUCGAGGCCGGCACGGGCAUGGGCGCGCUGACACUCUGUCUCGCGCGAGCGAUCCACGGCGCGAACCCACCCGUGCCGCUCCAGCUCCGAGAUGCGCUGUGCACGGCACCGUACGAGCGGAACAACCUGCCUCGGAAGGUCGCGACCGAUGACGACAACGAGGCACCGGGGUACGACACCUCGCCGCACGCGCUCGACUUCUCCGAGCAACCGGAGCUGGCGGCGCUGCACGCCGGGCACGCCGCCAGCCGCCGCGCGAUCCUGCACACGCUGGACGUCAACCCGACCUCGAGCCGCAUGGCGCACAGCCUCGUCAGGCACUUCCGGAGGGGCAUGUAUCUGCCCGACGUCGACUUCCACGUGCGCACGAUCCGUUCGUACCUCUCGUCCCGGCUGUCGCAGAACGGGGGACGGCCCUUCCUCGCCCACGUGAUCCUGGACCUGCCGGAGUCGCAGGCACACGCCGACGUCGCCGUCGAGGCCCUCCAGCCCGGCGGCAAGCUCGUCGUCUUCUACCCGUCCAUCACGCAGAUCCUCGAGUUUGUCGUCUGGGCCAAGGACGCGGACCAGCCGCUGGCGCUGGACCGCGUCGUGGAGCUGCAGACGUCGACGUCGGGCGGCGACGGCGGGUUCCGGGACGGCACCGGGGGCCGCAACUGGGAGGUCAAAGUCGUGAACCUCCGCAAGGCGAUCAGGGAGGGGCAGACGGGUGCCGCGGCGAGGGGGCACGUCUGCCGGCCCAAGGUCGGGACGCUGGUCGUCGGGGGCGGCUUCGUCGCGGUGUUCAGCAGGCUGCGGCGACAAGCGGCGUCCGCUGCGGAGGACAGCAGCGGGGCUGCGGCGGCAGAGCCCGCGUCUGAGACGGCGGUGUCUUGUGACGAGGACGAGGACGUUUCGGUGCGUCUAUGA